AAUUUCUUAUAAUACUUUGCCUACACCUCUCUUUUUGCACUUUACCACACUCAACCUUGUACUAUAACUAUGAAUUUUAUUUCUUUUAUUAAUCAACCAACAAACAUUUAUUAAACACCUAUUGUGUCCCAGGAAUUGUGAAAGACACUACAAAGACAAAAUCAAAAUAUAAGUUCCUUGAAAGCAGACUGUAGUAUUCAUCUUUUGUAUCCUCAGUGCCUAGAUCCAUGUGCUUGAUAUAGAGUGUUUAAUAAAUGUUUGUUGAAUAAAUGAAGAGAUGAAGAAGAGAAUGAUCAGAGUGAGUGAUGUUGAGAAGGGCAAAUGAAGUAUUUCCAGAGUAUUAAAAGCUGUUGAGAAAACUAACAGAUGAACUAGUCCAGCAAUUCUUAAUCUGGGGUUCUGUAAACAGUCUUUUAAUUUAGUAUAAUUGUUUCCCUUUGUAAUCCUAUGUAUUUGUGCAUUUUAAAAAUAAUUCUGAGGAAUCCGUGGGCUUCAUCAGACUCUCAAAUGGGAUCCAUAGCAAAAACAAAAAAAAUCAAGAAGCCACUUAUUUAUGAGCUAACAGACCGGAAUGGUUUAAGUGUCUUCCUGAAAGUCACACAACUAAAAUGUAGCCUACUCGGACUCAGGUUUUCCAGGUCUGAGACCAGGACCGGCUUCCCUACCACACAGCCCCGAGUUGGAUGGCCAAAGGUGCCAAUUAUCUUCAGGAACUUUUGGAGGCGAAACGACGGACAGCUUUCUGAGAGAGGCCUACCCUCCACAUCCCUUCCACCCGAGUAUCCUUGGUCCCUCCCUCUUCGUUCCCCUCCCCACUCCCUAACACUUCCACUCCAUCUCCUCCCACCCCCCAUUCGGUCCCGGUGGCUGGCUCCCGCAGCGCCGCGCAUGCUCUCUCUGGGAAACAGCGUCCAGGCCAAGGGAAGAAUUCCAGUAAAGCGCAUGCUCGAGGCCAGGUAUUCAGGCUCGUUUUGUGAAAGCCCGUGGGCGGCGCGUGCGCGGCAUGGGGCGGAUCGGGGGCGGAGCCAGUUAAAACGACGCCUGCGCAUUCGGUCUGCCCGCUGUCUGUCUGGAAGCCGAGGUGAAAGCGGACCUUUGGAGCUGGAUGUAAUUCCCAGAUAACAUCAGAAAUCUGAAAAAAUAACCUGGUUCUUCAUCAAAGCUAACUGAAGCCAUUAUUUAUAAUACCAUUGGACUAAGUUAACAAUCUCCAAUUCAAAAGGUGCAAGAAGACUGUAGCCAUUCCCUCUACUACUACUGCCUUUGUGGAACUUAGUUCUGAAUCAUGGAUGCCCCAGAGUACAACCGCUUCGUGGAUACAGAGAAGAUGGAAGCUAUGAUCCCGGACCAAGGACCCAAAGAGAUGAUAAGCACAGACUUCCAGGAGAUAAAACAGUUGGCACGCCAAGGCUACUGGGCCCGAAGCUACACUCUUAGGGGGAAGGUUUACCAAAAGCUGAUCGAGGACAUUCCAUGUCGAACAGUCACACCAGAUGCCAGUGUGUACAGUGAUAUUGUAGGAAAGAUUGUGGGCAAACGCAGCAACACCAACCUCCCUCUGCCUGAGUUUGUGGACAAUAGUCUGGUCCCAAGCUACUGCCUAAAUCCACAGGGAGAAGAAGCCGUUCGAAAGAUCCUCCUGUGUAUUGCUAACCAGUUCCCCGACAUUUCCUUUUGUCCAACACUGCCGGCCAUUGUCGCCCUUCUCCUGCAUUAUAGCAUUGAUGAAGCAGAGUGUUUUGAGAAAACUUGUCAUAUCUUGGCUUGCAAUGACCCCAACAAGAGGUUUAUUGACCAGAGUUUCCUCGCUUUUGAGUCUUCUUGUAUGACAUUUGGGGACCUUGUUAACAAAUACUGUCAGACAGCCCACAGAUUGGUGGUAGAGUCAUCAGAGGAUGUAUUACAGGUCUAUUGUGACUGGCAUAAGUGGCUCUUUGGGGAUCUGCCACUCAAUUACUUUGCUCGAGUCUUUGAUGUAUUCCUGGUUGAGGGUUACAAGGUACUCUACAGAGUUGCUUUGGCAAUUCUUAAGUUCUAUUGCAAGGUAAAAGCCACACAACCCCUGGGAUCAGAAAAUGUGAAGCAGGAUAUCCGUAUGUUUGUUAGAGACAUUGAUAAGACAACAUCCCCUGAGAAGCUGUUGGACAAAUCCUUUGCCAUCCGUCUCUUCUCCAGGAAGGAGAUCCAGCUCUUGCAUAUGGCCAAUGAGACAGCUCUGAAGCAGAAAGGCAUCACUGUCAAGAAUCAGAGUGUUUCAUCUUCUCAAAGGCAGUUCGUGCACUUGGCUGUAAAUGCGGAGAAUUUCCAGUCAGACAUUGUCUCAGUGAAGGAGAUGCGAGACAUUUGGUCGUGGCUCCCCGAACGAUUUGCUCUCUGCCAGCCUCUGUUGAUUUUCUCCACUAUGCAGCAUGGAUACAGCUUGACAAGGCUUUAUUACCACUGUGAUGGACAUGAGCCAACUCUACUUCUCCUUAAGACAAAAACGAAAGAGGUUUGUGGUGCUUACCUGUCAACAGAUUGGAGGGAUCGAAAUAAGUUUGGAGGCAAGCUGAGCUUCUUUGGAACUGGGGAGUGCUUUGUGUUUAGGCUGAAGCCAAAAGUGCAGCGAUAUGUGUGGGUAGUGAUCAAACACCCAGAGCUGGCCAAGAGUUCAUCCUCAGAACCCACAGCUUCAAGUCUGCAGCUUAAAGAACCAGACUCCACAGACCCCUCAAAACGACUCUCUCCUUUCUUGGCUGCUCGGCACUUCAAUCUUCCUUCAAAAGCUGAAUCCAUGUUUAUGGCUGGAUCCAACGAGUGCAUCAUCAUAGGUGGUGGAGGUGGGCAGGCUUUAUACAUCGAUGCAGACCUGAACCGAGGCCAUACAGGACACUGUGAAACCUUUAACAAUGAGCCUCUGUGCUCUGAAAACUUCCUCAUCUCUUCCUUAGAGGUGUGGGGCUUCUGGAAUGCUGGAGUACAAGAGUAGAGGCAGCCACAUUCACUGGUCCCUACAAGAAAGACAAGGACAUUCAGGGGCUGCCAGCACAGGAAGAAGGCUGCUCCAGGACUGACUCCCCUAUUUUCAGGUCCUGAGCUCAGAUAGAAGCACAGGGCUGGAGGAUCCUGUAGGGAUCUCUUUCCAUCCCAGCUUUCUAUGAUGACUACUGACCCUUCUACAGUCAAGAGAUCCUGACAUCCCCCAGGGAAUGGGUUAGUUUGAGCUAGAGCCUGUUACGGGGCUUAGAUCAUUUCUGGAGACACUCAAGCCUUGCGCCAUCUGCUGAGAGACUUUGGUGAAUCCCAGAGUCCUGUGUCCUCUUGGGUCAGAGCUCAUAGAUGGUGUUGGGGGACAGACAAAGAGGAUGCUGGUGAAUCAACCCCAGGGCCAUGCCCAAGUCUUCCGGCUGUCCCUGAAGGAUGAACUGCUGGAGUAGGGGGACAGAACCUUUGUUCUAAGGGUAAUCCAAGGUGCAGAUGAACAGAGACCCUUGCAUGAAUUCCUCCGCAGUUGCUCAGAUGUAGCCUCUGGGGCUACGCUUUUCCUCUUAAAUCAUAGGCUCGAAUGUGGAUCUGCAGUUCUCCCAAUAGGCAUCUGAUGUCUCUGGGUUCUGGAGAAGGCUGAUCCAAGAGACGUUGGUCCUCAGUGGGGACGGAAUUAACCCUGGAUGUGGAAUUAGCAGUGUCUACACAAACCCCUCAUGUCCUCAGAGCUCUCGAACCCCCUUCGCCUUCCUCCCUUGCCUACUUAUCUCAGUCCCUCUGUACCCUGCAAAAAAAUCUCAAUAUGUGUGUAUAUGUCUCUUCCUUUAAUACUGAAUCUGGUUUUCUGUGCCUGGUGUUUUUCUGUCCUUUUUCUUCGGGCUUUGACUUCUCCUCUUCCUCAGGGAAGACUGGGAUGAGGAAAGGGUGUUUUUGAGGCUACAAACCUCAGGUCCUAGAACCUGAAGAACAGGAAUUCCAUUGCCUCACCAGGGCUCAUGCACCGUUCCCCGUUCACUCCUUGGGCUCUGGUGCCCCCAUGUGGUGAUUUUGCUUUUUGCUGUAAUAAUAGAGAAAAAAGGUGACCUCUGGUGACUGAUAUUUAUCCAUGGUUAUGUAAAGGAAGGUCUGGUCUCCUUUGAUUAGCUUUGUCCAUGCUGUCUCGUGUUCGGGAUUCCCCAAAGCCAGCAGAACAAAGCUAUGGAAAAGGAAGACGUUGCAGGAAUCCAACUUCAGGUAACAAUUGCAAACCAGCAUAUGGCAGAGCCGUGCCAACUUCCCUCUGGAUGUCUCCAUCAAGAAGAGCCUUAGAUGAUUCUUCCCUGUCUUCCCAUCUCCUCCUCCUCUGGCUCUUCUCUAGGAAGGGGCAAGGGACCGUGGCACGUAGUCUUACCCAGUCAUAUGUUAAAAUCUUGAUUAGAAUCAGUUACUUAUAUAUACUAGCAAGUAGCAGAGGACACCGGGGCAGCAUGAGCUGCAGGGAUGCCCUUGGAAACUGCCAUAUCUGAGGGGGUUCUUUUGCUUGCCUAGUUUCUUAGGGCUGGCCACCAACUACAACUCUGAAGUACUGAUAUUUUAACCCUUUAUUUGCCAACACUUUAUAACUAAGUUAUGAUAUGCAGGGUUGUUUUUGUUUUUCUUUCCCCAGAGAACUAACUCUGUCUGAUUUUUUUUUUUUUAAACCUUGAAGCUCCUAGUAACAGUUGGGAAAAGGAAGAUUUGUAGAAUGAAAGAAAUCUUUACUGUCUUCACUUGGGGCCCUUAAGGAAAUUGAGAUCAGAUUCAAAAGCUGAAUCCAACUAAGGUUAGGUAUGAGUGCCCUUUACAGAGAGGAGUUUGGCAGUUGAACAUUUCAUUUCAAUUCAACAUUAGGCUGCAAAGCAUUGUUGUAGGCACUAAGAAUAAAAAAAAAUGAAAUCAUUUCUGAUCUUAUAUACAUAAUACAUAAUCAACAAGCAUUUAUCAAGGUGCUUAUUCUGUGCCAGGCACUAAGCUAAGGACUUGGGCAUAUAAAGAAAGUCAACACUGCCUUCAAGGAGCUCACACUCUAAGGGAGAGACCGCAUGUAACUAUGUAAGUACAAAAUCUAUUGUUGUUUGUCCUUUGUUCUCAAAGAGGACUGUGGCAUCAGGGAACAAUGCCAUGACAUGUAAGUGAAUUGGGUGGAAGUGGGCAAGGUCACCCACCUCACUUUCCCCUCAGGAGCCAGAUGUAGAUUGGGAGGAGUGGGGAUGGCCCUGUAUGUAGGAGAGGCCUUGGCCUUUUUAAGCUAAGAUCUUUCUCAGUUUGACUGAAGCAAUGCCUAAUUGGCAAUUAAGUCAAGGUAUAAAAUGAGGCAGAGAUUGGCCUCUUUUACCUAGUCCAAAAAAAAAAAAACAAGCUGGGAGGGAAAGACCCUCAGAGUUUCUGACCAAAACUGAAACAAUUGCUAUUCACAUUUACUCAGAGCCAAUCUGAGCCCAAAUACCACCAAGUGGGGCUUGGCCUGGGAUUUAUUGUGGGUCAGUCAGUUAGGACUGAAUAUAUGGAAGGUAAUCUCAGAAGAAAUUAGGGGUGAAGGAAACUAGGGCAGACCUCCUUCACAAUUGGGAUUUUAAAAAAAGUUAAAGAGGCAGAAAAAAGGAUGAACAUUUCAACAGAGAGCCCAAAGCUGAGUCAGAAGACAAAAUAUCUUGUACAAGAAACCACAAGACCGGUGUAAUUGGAUUGUGAAGUGUAAGAAGACUGUUAAGGUAGAAAGGGGCUGGGUUGUAAAGGACUUUUAAUGAUUAACAGAGAACUAUAUUUGAUCCAGGUUGUAAAAGGGAGAGACUAGACACUGAAUAAGGAGUAGAACAUGAACAGACUUUCCUAGCUGCCCACUGCAGUCUGACUCACUGGAACACCCCUUGACUGACUCCCAUUCUGCUGGAGAUAAAUACAGAGAUGGGCCCACCUUUAAUCUUGCCAUCACCCAUAAUUGUACUACUUCCCAUGCUCAAGGAAUUCUGAAGUUCCCUAUCAUCUGUAAUAAUUCUAUUUUUCCUUUACAACUCCAAAACUUGUUCAUCUUUCCCAUGAUCUCCAGUCUUACCACCACUCCUGUAUGGGCUACAUUUUCUUCCCUUUCCUGUCUUGACCUCUUGGUGAACCAACUCUAUACUUUCAAGUUUCUUGCAUUUUUAUUGAAUCAAAUAUUUUGCUCUAGUAAAUCUGACCCUUGAAUUAUUCCCAGCAUCUGCUGCAUGCUCUAAUAGUACCGAAUGAAACUGGAGAAAGUAAAACUGAACUCGUCCCGAUUAGGUCCUAUACAAAAAAGUAUCUUCUCAAUUGGACCUUCACUGAAGCAAGGCAGUCCUUUUAUACCUUCCUAACUAUCCCACUCAUCCUAGCAAUUUUUCCAGAUGUUUUCAUCCCUUUUCAAACUUCCUCCUAACCUCUCAUCUGAGGUCAUGUGAAAAAAAAAAACUCUCAAGAAAUUCUUCCCCCCUCAUCUUACAUUACUCAGAUGCCUUCUGCAACCAUCUCCUUCACCCCUUUCAAUAAAGAACUGACCACCUUGUCAAAUUAAACCCUUCCAUAUACUCAAGUGAUCCCAUUCCAUCCUUUUCCAGUAGAUUGCCACCUCUAACAUCUCUAUUUUCUCGCUUAUCUCUUAAUCUAAUCUCUUAAUCUCUUCCAGCCCACUUGACUGCUGCUCUACUCCCAAUAUGCAUACCUGUGUCUCCUCAUCCUCAGGAAAUCCUCACUUGAUUUAUUCAUACCCACUAGUCAUCCUUUAUCUCCUCUCCCUUUCUGGGUUACAUUCCUUGAAAAGUCUAUAAUCAAACUCCAUUUCCUUUCCUCUCUCUUAAGUCUUGGCAACCUGGAUUUUUGGAGUCUGAUUUCAAUCAAUUGAAACUCCUCCCUCCAAAGUUAUCAAUGAUCACUUAUCAGAUCUCAUGGCCUCUUCUUGAUCCUCACCCUUAUCUAUCUUUUUGCAGCCUCUGAUACUUAUCAAUUACCCUUCACUCCUUGAUACUUUAGUUUUUGUGACAUUUCUCCUGGUUUUACCACUCUAUUUCUUUGAUGCCUUUGCUGGCUCUCUCCUGGGCCAUCAUCUCUCUAUUCAUUUGGUGAGUUCAUCAGCUCCCAUGGUUUCAACUAUCAUCUUCGUGCAGAUCAACUUCCAUUCCCACCCUUUCUCCUGACUUCCAGUCUAGUAUCUCCAACUGAAUAUUGUAUUUCUUGUACCAGCUGUUUAGCAGACAUCUUAAUAGGUCCAAAUCAGUUAUACUUUCUCCCAAACCCUCCCAUCUUCCUGUAUUACUGUGGAAGGGACCACCAGUCUCCUAGUCACUCAGGCUUACAAUCUUAAGGGUCAUCCAGGACUCACUCACAUCCCCCUUAUAUCAAAUUGGUUGCCAAGUCCCCCUAUUUCUGCCUUUAUAACAUUUCUCAUCUAUGCCCCCCUCUCUCGUGUGAUAUCGCCACUAUCCUGGUGCAGGUCUUCAUCUCAUAUUUGCAUUGUUGCAAAUGGUAUACUGUUAGGUCUGCUUGCCUCAAAUAUCUCCCACUCCAGUCUAUAUUCAAUCCAGUUGUCAACCUGUUAACCUUCCUAAAGCACAGGCCAGAUCAUCUUCCUCUUUCCCCUAUUCUAUCAACUCCCUCAUUUCCCCAUCAACUCCAAUAAAGUCCUGCUGGUCUUUUAAAGGUCUUCAUAACCAGCACCUUUCCUGCCUUUCUAGUCUCCUUACACCUUACCUUCCCCAGCCCUGUACAUACUCUGAGAUGCAGUAACUGUUUCUUGCUCUCUUUUCUCAUCUUCACCUCCUCAUUUCCUUGACUUCCUCAGGAUCUCAACUAAAGUCUCACUUCUGCAAAAAUCCCUUCCCUGUCCUCAUUGAUCUUACUGAUUCCUUAAAUUAUCUACAAUUUACUCUAUAAAGGUGUUCCAAAAGUUUUCAGCUAAUAAAGCUUAAAACUGGGGGCAGCGAGAUGGCAUAGUGGCUA